UCAUUCCAACAGCAUUGCUUUCUGAUUCGUUUUAAAUCUCCUUUGCACCCAAAUUCCAACUUGGAACAGAGCUGCUCCUAAACUACUUUGUUAACUUUCAGUUCCCGAGCAGAGCAGCAAACAGCCGGAUCCUCAGGUGGCCUGAUCCGCUUGUCAAAGAAAGAUGACCUGAUGAUGUAUCUGGCUUUGCACAUGGAAAGAUCUCCCUUGUGUGAGGAGCCAAAAGAAAAGGACAAUAUUAAAUUUUAUAAAACCGGCAUUGCUAUCCUGAACACCAAGGGCAGCAAUCACAUACUUGCCAUUGACUGCUCCAGAAAUGGGCUUCAUGCUGUGCAGAAAGCACUUCUCUCCUCUCCAAGGUGUCUGCAGGGAUGUACCAUCUACCUGUCCAGGUAUCCCUGUAUCAUCUGUGCAAAACUACUCAUUCAAGAUAAUCCUGGCCAAGCUAUUGGAGUAGGAGCAUUGAUCUGCCAGGACGAUUGCUUUGUAGGAGUGGGCUACAACGGUUUUCCAAAAGGGAAUCUCCACAGCCACUAUCUUCAGAGUCCCCAGCAUUCAGGGAAGACCGAAAACCUGCUCAUCUGCGCAGAGGCUAACGCUCUCUAUUUCAGAUAUAAACAGGAUCUGAAAGAAGCAACCCUGUACACCAGCAACUACCCCUGCCCCCAGUGCAUGGAUUUAAUAACAGCAGUUGGAGGCAUCACAAAGAUCGUUUGUGUGAAGCCCAAAGAGAAAACUUUGCACCCACCUCCACAGGGCACAACUUGUUGGAUGUGGAAACAGAACAUCAACCUGAGCGGAACCUCCGCAAGGGCCCUGGACUCCCCUCAGGAGCCUGAGCAGGACCCCAAUAAUGAGGGAUAA